AAAAACAGGAACAACAAAAAAAGAAGAGAAAUAGAAAGAAAACAAACUUAAAAGAAACAAAGAAAGAAAAAGCACCAAAAAUUCUUAACUCCCCCAAAGAGAAAUUGUCUUUCUUUCUUUCUUCCUCCUUGUUAUUCUCUGCAACUCAAGAUUGAGGGGUUUCUCUAGGGUUUUUGUUCUUCAUUUCCUUGAUCAUCAUCUCUGUAAGUGUUUCAAUCAAACCCUAACCCCCCCUUUCCUUGAAUUCCUUCUCAUCGCUCAAUCACUCACUAGAAAUGUUUGCUCACUGAUGGAAUAUGAACAAAACCAUUAAAAUUGGUAAGAAGAAGGUGCACAUUGUACCAUUAGCAUCAUCAUCUUCAUUAGCUGCAUUAGCAUUUUCAGUGUUAUGCAAAUGAAUAAUCUUGAACCACCAGCAGUUCCAGCAUAUAGAUUAUCAAUAUGUGAUCGUCAUCCAGAUGAACCAGUAACAGGAUUUUGUGCAUCAUGUUUAAGAGAAAGAUUAGCUGGUUUAGAUCCAGCAAAUCAAAACCCUAACCCAAAUAAUAACCGUCUUAAAACUGCUACUACUUCUGCACUCAAAGCCAUUUUCAGAGGUAACAAUCAAAAUCACAAUAAACCUUCUUUUUAUUCUAAUGCUGGGGGUGGGGCUUCUUCUUCUUCUUCAUUUUUUCCUGAGCUUAGGAAAAGUAAAUCAUUUUCUGGGGGUAGAGGGGAGAGAUUUUCUGGUGUAAUUAUAGAACCUCAAAGGAAGUCCUGUGAUGUUAGGGUUAGAAAUACUCUUUCAUCUCUUUUUCAUCUCGACAGUAAUUAUAAUAAUCAUGAACAAAAAGGGGCACAAUCAUCAGUAAUUUCCAAUAAUGAGGUUCUGGGUUGUGACAAUAUUGAUGUUGAUUCAAGAAAUUUAGGGGGAUUUUCGGGUGGUGGUAUCGAAGAGCCUGUAUUUGAAUCAAAGGAAGAAGAAGAGGAAGAAGAAGAAGAAGAGGAGGAGGAGGAAGAAGUAGAAUCAGUACCAGUUGAAGAAGAGGAAGAAAUUGAGGAGGAAAUUAGGGGAUUUUCGGAAAAUGUUGUGGUUACAGCUCAAGCGGUUCCGAUUGUGGUCGAAGAGAGAGUGGGUGAAAUUGAAGAAGUAGUAGAAAUAGAAGAAGAAAAAGAAGAGGAAGAAGUAGUAGUUGAAGAUGAAAUACUAGUAGAAGAAGUGAAGACAAUGAAGGAUCAUAUAAAUCUCGAAUCGCAGUGCAAGAAACCACCAAGUGGGAGAGAUUUAAAGGAGAUAGCAGGAAGUUUUUGGUUAGCAGCUUCAGUGUUUAGUAAGAAACUGCAGAAAUGGAGGAAGAAGCAGAAGAUGAAGAAGCGUGAAAAUGGAAGAAAUUCAGCUUCAAUGCGAGUUGAGACUAGAGCUGGUAGGAGGUUUAGGGAGACUCAGUCAGAGAUUGCUGAUUAUGGGUUUGGAAGGAGAUCUUGUGAUACUGAUCCUAGGUUCUCACUUGAUGCUGGUAGAAUGUCACUUGAUGCGGGUCGAAUGUCUCUGGAUGCUGGACGAAUGUCGCUGGACGCUGGGAGGAUGUCUCUAGAUGCUGGUCGAAUGUCGUUUGAUGAUCCUCGACACUCUUGGGAUGAACCCAGAGCAUCCUGGGAUGGGUAUCUCAUGGGGAGAAUGUUUCCAAGGAUUCCGCCUAUGGUUUCAGUUACUGAAGAUGCUCCUGCACCUGUUCAUCGCAUAGAUAAUCAAAUUCCUGUGGAAGAACCCUUCACUGACGACAUUACAAUGGCAUAUCCUGGUGGAUCAUUUCAGACGAAAGAUUAUUAUGCGGAUUCCUUGAAAAGAAAGAGUCUCGAUCGUUCCAACUCUGUUAGAAAAAUGGUUGCAGAGGUUGAUGAAAUGAAGUUUGUUUCGAAUUCUAAGGUCUCUCCUGCUAAUAUUGAUUAUUUCAAUGUAACCAAGUUGGACAGAGAUUCGAGGGAAUCUACUUCGAAUUCUCUUAGAGACGAUAGGUCUGAGAGCUUUGACUCGUCAUUCAGAGACGUUGCUGGAGAUCAUCGAAAAGGGGCAAAGAAGUCUCGUCGGUGGAGCAAGGCUUGGAGCAUUUGGGGGUUUAUACAUAGAAAAGGGGGUAACAAAGAUGAAGAAGAGAGAUACUGUAGAGGGAAUGUGGUCGACCGCUCGUUUUCAGAAUCUUGGCCUGAGCUGAGGAGGGAUAUAAAUGAAGAAGCCAGAAUGGGUUAUAACAGGAAUUCCUUCCGUAGUAAUAGCAGCGUGAGCUGGAGGCAUUCGUCAUCUAACAAUGGUGGUCUGUUUGGGAGUAGAAGGAAGAGUAGUGCCGAGACCAAUGGGCAUAGUAAAAAGCGAAAAGAAGAGUUCAUGUUAGAACGAAAUCGGAGUGCCAGAUAUUCUCCAAGCAAUGUUGAUAACGGACUCCUAAGGUUCUACUUAACUCCGUUGAGGGGAAGCAGGAGGAAUGGCUCAGUGAAGAGCAAGCCAAAUAAUUCACAUUCUAUUGCGAAGAGUGUUCUUAGGCUGUACUGAGGAAGAACCUGGUUUCCGUUCUUACUUGUUUAGGAAAUCUUCCAGCGUAUUUAUUUGUUGUUGUCGGUAAGAUAAAAGUACAUGAUUUUUAGGGCCUAUGUGAUGUUGUUGCAUCUUCAUUAAUUCUCCAAGUAAUAAUAACAUCAGAAUUUCCCUAUAUCCUUCU